UGCAUUCCUGGCACUACUUUUGGCCCAACCGUCUUGACAAUGGAGUGAUGCUUUCAAAUUCAGAUAAGAACUCCGACCACUGAGAUAUCCCCCCAAAGACAGUUGCCUUUGAAGCUAAGCGUUAACACUCUAUUUCUGGGAAGAAGAAAAAAAAGAAAUUAGGCCAAUUUAUUUCUACCAACUCCAAGUCUAAAAUAAAACUCCAAUUCUCUUGUGUGUGUGCAAGGUCUCUCGGCCUCAAAUCAGUGGGUUCGUUCGAAGUUCGCAUUUCGAACGGCACUUGAACGCGCCUGCGGAGUUUGAUGAGCUCGUGCUCCCGGGCCGUCAAGCCUCCGCCACUACAACAAUGAGCGGGAGCCAGCCGGGCCCGGUGCGUUUAGCUCGGAGCGUACUUCAGUGAAACUGCCCGUGAUAUUCACCACAUGUGCUCGGCGGAAGUUUCCAAAGCACUGGUUAAAUGGAGCUAGAGGACCAAUGGUGGAAGGGACAACUGGCUGCAGAUAUUUACCAGGCGCUGCGAUACAAAGAGCUAAAGUUGCCUUCCUACAAAGGUCAGUCCCCUCAGCUCAACCUCAGGCGAUACUUCGCUGACCUCAUAGCCAUCGUCAGCAACCGCUUCCGGCUCUGCCCGGCCGCCAGGCACCUGGCCGUGUACCUGCUGGACCUUUUCAUGGACCGCUACGACGUCACCAUGCAGCAGCUUCACAUGGUCUCCCUGUCUUGUCUCCUCUUGGCCAGUAAAUUCGAGGAGAGGGAGGACCGGGUGCCAAAGCUGGAGACUCUGAACAGCCUGACCUGCAUGAGCUCCGUCAACCUGGUGCUGACCAAGCAGGGUUUGCUGCACAUGGAGCUGCUCCUGCUGGAAACCUUCCAGUGGAACCUGUACCUCCCAACGGCGGCUCAUUUCAUCGAAUACUAUCUGUCCAUCGCCGUUCACGAGGCGGAUCUGCACGACGGCUGGCCAAUGACCAGCCUGGAGAAGACCAAACUCUACAUGGCCAAGUAUGCGGAUUACUUCCUGGAGGUGUCCUUGCAAGAUCACCUGUUUCUGUACUUCGCCCCUUCGAUGGUGGCGGCGGCCUGUGUGGCGGCGUCGCGCCUCAUCCUCCACCUGUCCCCCACCUGGCCCCCCCGCCUGCAGCGCCUCACGGGCUACUCCUGGGAGAGCCUGGUCCCCUGUGCGGAGAAGCUGCUCGUUGCACAUGACAGCGACGUUAAAGAGGCCAACAAGCAAAAGGGUCAGCAGCUUUGCCAGCAGCAGGGCCAGCCGGUGUAUCACAGCUCGGGCCAGUCGGCCGCUGUGGCCCAGUACCUGCACCUGCCCGGCCUGCCGUACCCCCAGCAGGCCCCGCCGGCCGGCCUGGCCCCCAACCACAGGCCCGCCUCCUACCUCAGCCACCCGGCGCCCGGCGGGCCCCAGUGCGGCAGCGCCCCGGCCAUCGCCGCCUCGCUGGAUCCAAAGUCCACCAUGCCCAGCAGGGCCUACCAAGUCAGCAUGCACUACCCCUGCACCGCCCCCUGCUUCGAGCGGUGAUCCCAGGGGGGGCGGCCGCACGGUGACCCUGUCUCUCUUGAAUGUUUAAGAAUAUGCCAAAAGUUGGGGUUGGGGGGGUAACAAAAAAAAAAAAAAGAACAAACUUGUUUUUAAUUUUGAAGAGACUGGAUGAGAUCAGUGCAGCACUUUGAAGCUAAAUGUGCAAUAUGCCCACUCUGCUGGGGCUCCCCUGUGCGGAGGCCCCACGCAGGCAUUUUUUUUCCAGGAAGUUUAAAGUACCGGGUGUGAACGCCGUCGUUUACGCCCCCGCCUCCGCUGGUCUAGCUACAGAGCAAAUGUCUAGUAUUUAUUUAAGGCAAAGAGAAGUAUUAAAUGCCCCAAUAGGUUGGCACCCGAUCCAUUGUGACUAUUGCUAAUGCUCAGUUAAGAAGGCAGCAACAAGGAUUUAUGUCAGUUUGUGGUUGAAGACUUUGUGGAGGUGUUGUUGUUUUUGUUUUUUUUUGUUUCAGUGAUUAUGUUUUUGUUUUUUAUUAUUGUUAUUAUUUGGACAAAUGUCUUUUGAGAAAGAGAGAGUGUACCCCUCUAGAUGUUGCAGUGUACAGUAAUAGCAGGGGAAAUGACUGCUGCUCUGUACAAAGAGAAUAUCUGUCUGUGCUGUCCACCUCUAUUGUUGUUUUAAAUAAAAUACAAACCUGU